AAUCGGUGCGGCGCCGGAGUUUUGCCGUAUGAGCUGCUGGCACCGAGCUCGGAACCGGGAGUUACUUGCAGAGGAGUUCCGAAUAGUGUGUCGAUUUGAGGGAAUUUGGCGCUAUUGCUGAGUUUUAGAGGUCACUGUUUCUGAAGAAACUUGACUGGACGGUAUUUAUAUGUAUUGAGUUCAAAUAUUUAGGGCGGGAAAAAAAAGAAUAUUAACUUUUGGUGUAAUAGACAGUGCUAAAUUUAGGGAUAAAUAUAUGUGUGUAAUUGUACAUGCUGUAAAGCUUGCAACUCUGAUUAAUUAAAUGAAAAUAAGCAAUACAAUUAAUUA